AUGAACAUGGUAGCAGAGGAUAAAAAAGGUAAUUAUAACCCUCCAAAUCCACAUGACAUGCCCAUAUUCCAGGCCACGGGUGCCAACACAUCUGAUGAGGAAGCUAAGCAUGACCGUAAGAUGCCUAUUGUCGAGCUGAUGUUGGGUUUGUUCCACACAUAUGCGGACAUUGGCGUGGGCCACUUGUGGUUUGGAGAUCCUGCAGGUGGAUGCUGGGAGGGCAGAUAUAGGGAGAACUUGUACCCUCCAGUUGAUACGAAGGCUCAUGUGGACUUUGCAUACCUGUUGCUUCCAUAUAUGUUCUUGGCAAUUAGGGAUCUGCACAGGUAUGUACUCAUGGACACGGGUAUGGGUAUAGAUGUAGGUCAUGGUGUACCCAUGCCAGGCUUCGCAAAACUCGGGCGUGGAGGAGCUCUUGCACAUUUUGUCCUUGCAUUAGCAGCAAGAACGACGAUCCUCGGGCUCGGGCAACCUCCACCAGCGGUCUUUGCUCCAUAUGGUUGGACGAUAGAUGGCAAAAGGCCGUUAACUGUGACUUUUCCUUCCUCGUCUCCCGAUAUCAACACUCAGAGUUCAGCUGAGGACAGCCUUUGGUUAGCAAGCCGUCCGAGCUCAGGACGCCCGAAGGAGGACUGGGUGGGAAUAAAUCAAAUUGAGAGACUAUCUGGGCAGGAAUGGUGCUCGACGCCGCUACAAUUUGGUAUGGGAUACUACGAAUCGCCACAGUUUCCACCUCCGAUGGCUUCUUCUGAUUACCGUCCCCCACAUCAUCAUCUUGAAUCGCUGAUCGGCGUUCAUUUUCGCAAUUUUGGUACCUUUGAGUGCAUUGGCGAUUUCCUCCGAAUCAUAUCACAGCUACAAGUCGAGUACAGAUCAAAGGAGAACACUAUCGGUAGCCUAGAUGGUAACGAGCAUAUUUUCAUAUAUUCAAAAGGAGUCCGCUCUUUCAGUCUUCCUCUCACUGACGACACAAACGUUCUCAAGUAUUGGACAGACUUCCUGGAUCAUGACAAUACUGAUCUUCUUGUGGUAUUCAACUCGAUGGCCAACAAACGUACAGCAUUGACUAUCACCUGGUUGACCUCUACUCUCCGCAAUCAUCAGAAAAGCACUACCUUUAUCAACAACAAAUCUGAUAGGGAACAAGAAUUCCCCGCCGAAACCAACCGUACCUUUUCCAAAUUAGAGACAAAAGGCGUGUGGUAUCAGUUGGAGGCAUUGGCGGCUGAUGGAGGUAUGUUGGUGAGUUACUUGAAGAAGUGCUUGACGGCGAUUGCGCCCGCUGGCAUCAAACCUGGCUGA